CACUGGGGAAGUCCAAUUAUUGCUAAUGGCGGGUAUUUGUACUAAAAUACAUUAUGCCUUUGUAAGCUAGCUGUAUAUAUUAAUAUUGAACCGGGGCUUUGGAAUUAGUAGUCGCUUCGUGUUUUAAAGAAUCUCCGAGGAUAUAACGUUACGAAGCGAAGGAGCUGAGUUAGAGGGCUCGGGGACAUUGUAACUGUUACCAUCAUGUGCCUGCUGUCUGUUAACUACUGAGUCAAACUGAAAUUGAGCAGGAAGAUAACGUGUUUGAAAUAGCUUUCAGUAGCGAUGUUAGCCCACCUGAACGUCUGCCCCAGAGCCACAGCUCCUAAACUACCGCACAAAUAGCUAAACUUAAUGAGACGGAGGAAGUUUAGCUAGUACAGAAAUUCAGCGUUCAUUCAUUCGACCGUUAGGAUCGCUACCAGUAAAUCUGCGCACGCUCAUGAAACGGAAAUGAUUUCCUUUAAGUUACCAGUGUUUGUAUUGCUCGUAUUAUUAACCGUUAUAAGAGUUAACGGUUCCUCGAAACUGAAUAUCCCCAAAGUGUUGCUACCGCUCGCUAGAAGUACGAGAAUUAACUUCACGUUGGAAACUACUGAAGGCUGCUACAGAUGGUCUUCCACCAGACCAGAGGUGGCAAGCAUCCAGGGUGUGGAUGAAGAGAGCAGCAGAGGCUGCUCCCGGAAAGCUGUUCUCCAGGCUCUCUCCACCCAGCCCUCCAGACUGACCAGCAUAAUUCUGGCUGAAGAUGUUGUUACGGGACAGGUACUGCGCUGUGACGCCAUUGUCGACAUCAUCAGUGAGAUCCAGAUCGUGUCGACCACCAGAGAGCUACAUCUCGAGGACUCACCACUGGCACUCAAAAUCCAUGCACUGGACUCUGAAGGAAACACCUUCAGCACCCUUGCAGGUCUAGUGUUUGACUGGACCUUAGUGAAAGAUGUAGAUGUGAAUGGAUUCUCUGACUCUUACAAUUCAUUACGGGUACUUAAAUUCUCAGAGUCCACAUACACACCCCCUGGAUACAUAUCUGACAUGGAGCGUGUUGGGAAACAGGGGGAUAUUAUUUUGGUAUCAGGACUGAAAACAGGACAUGCUAAAUUGAAAGCCAAAAUACAAGAGCCAUUGUAUAAGGAUGUGGGCGCCGCAGAGGUAAGACUGCUGAUUUUAGAGAACAUCCUGCUGAGCCCCGCACACGAUGUCUACUUGCUGGCGGGAACUUCUAUCCGAUACAGAGUCCUGAAGAUAAGACAGGGCACGAUCACAGAGCUCUCCAUGCCUUGUGAUCAGUAUGAACUGCACCUGCAGAACAGCGUGAUUGGCACUAAUGGAAACCCAGAUGUUGCUGUGGCCAGCCUGGAUCAAAGCACCUCCACAGUUACAGCAAUUCAACUGGGACACAUCAACGUGGUGCUGGAUCAUAAGAGCCUUCGAAUGCAAGGAGUGUCUCGCCUCCCCAACAGCACUUUGUAUGUGGUCGAACCAGGUUACCUAGGUUUUAAAAUUCACCCAGGAGACAGCUGGGUACUCGAAACAGGCAAAGUUUAUGAUAUCCUCAUUGAAGUCUUUGAUAAAUCCGGCAACAAAAUUUACCUCUCUGAUAAUGUCCGUAUUGAAACUGGUUUCCCCGCGGAGUACUUUGAACUCCUGGAGUCUUCUGUGAAUGGAUCAUAUCAUCGCGUCAGAGCGCUCAAAGAGGGCCUAACUCUCAUCGACGCCACCCUGAGAGCUGUUGUGGAUGAAGCUGGAAGGAUCCACGCACUCGCCAACCCCGUCCACAAUGAACAGGAUGUAGAAAUCUAUAACCCCAUAGUUCUUACUCCCAGUAUUCUGACAUUUCCAUGGCAGCCAAAGGUUGGAGCUUAUCAGUACACAAUAAAGGCGACAGGAGGGAGUGGAAAUUUCAGCUGGUCUUCCUCCAACACAGCUGUGGCCACAGUGACUGUGAAAGGAGUGAUGACAACAGUCAGUGACAUUGGCGUCAGCGUAAUUUAUGCCCAUGAUUUACGCAACCAACUUCACUUUGGCCAGAUGAAGGUGUAUGUUGUCGAGCCUGUCGCCAUGGACUUCGCUCCUUGCCCAGUAGAGGCCAGGGUGGGCCUGGUUCUGGAUCUGCCCCUCCGUAUUUUCGGCCUGCUGGAGGAGGUGGAGAAAGAGCGGGUCAUGUUGAGUGACUGCUCCCACUUUGACCUGCAGGUUGAGGAGGAGAACCACGGCGUCUUCCAGCUACUAGACGGGAGGUUGGCUCCAGGCCAGCACCACUGUAGCGGGGUGCGAGCCAAGGCCCUUGCUCCUGGGUACACCAUACUUACUGUGAGCUACACUCAUGGCAACGUCCACCUCAGUGCCAAGAUCACCAUCGCUGCCUAUCUUCCUCUCAGAGCGAUCGACCCUGUGUCUGUGGCCGUGGUCACUCUAGGAUCAUCGAAAGACAUGCUGUUUGAGGGCGGGCCACGGCCUUGGGUUUUAGAACCCUCGAAGUUCUUCUGCAACUUGAGCGCUGAGGAUGAGGCCAGUGUGAGCCUUACUCUGACCAGUCCCUCAUCUCACAACUAUAACCAGCACUGGGUCAGAGCGACCUGCAAGGCCCUGGGAGAGCAGGUGCUGGAGGUGAUGGUGGGAAACAAGGCCAGUGUGACCAAUCCUUUUCCCGCUGUGGAGCCGGCAGUGGUCAAGUUUGUGUGUGCCCCUCCAUCUCGCCUCACCCUGGUCCCAGUGUAUACCAGCCCACAGCUGGACCUGACCUGCCCGCUGCUGCAGCAGAAUAAACAAGUGGUGCCUGUUUCAAAUUACCGUAAUCCCAUUUUGGACCUGGCUGCUUUCGAUCAACAAGGGAGGAAGUUUGACAACUUCAGCUCUCUGAGCAUCCUGUGGGAGUCGACCAUGGUGUCGCUGGCCAGUAUUGAACCCACUAUGCCCAUGGAGCUGCAGCUGUUCGAGGAUGGCAACAAACAGAUGAAACUUCACGGACGACAGACAGUCCUUGUCCAUCAUCAGACAGGCAUCUCCGCCAUCACAGUGACAGCUCUGGGUUAUCAGGUUUUACAUCUUGCAGCAGCCAAAGUUCCCAGUCCAUAUGACCCUUUGACCCCUGUGUCAGCCACUCUGGAGCUCCUGUUGGUUGAAGAUGUGAAGGUUUCCCCUGACACAGUUACCAUAUACAACCAUCCAGAUGUGCGGGCAAACCUCGCCCUGCAAGAAGGUUCAGGGCACUUUUUUGUCAACACCAGUGUUGGAGGGAUUGCAGACGUGGUGUUCCAGGAGGCCCAAGGAACCGCUCAGGUUUCUCCUGUUCACCCAGGGGAGGUGAAGGUGAUGGUCCAUGACCUUUGUCUGGCAUUUCCUGCACCUGCCAAGGCCACAGUGCACGUCUCUGACAUUCUGGAGGUUUAUGUGAGAGUUGUUGACAAGGUGGAGAUCGGCAAAUCUGUGAAAGCUUAUGUCAGAGUCCUGGAUGAUAAUAAGAAGCCUUUCCCAGCCAGCUAUUUCCGUUUCAUGAAUCUUAAACUUAAAGCAGCUUCUUCAAUCGUCUCUCUGAAACCAGUACCGGAGUCCACGGAGUAUGAUACAGCUGUUUUCCUGGUGAAAGGAUCGUCUAUUGGUCAGACAACUCUAUCAGCUGUUGUAGUGGAUAAAAAUGGGAGAAAAAUUGCAUCAGCUCCUCAGCAAAUUGAGGUAUUUCCACCGUUCAAACUCAUCCCAAGGAAAAUGACUCUGCUAAUUGGCGCAAUGAUGCAGAUCACAUCAGAGGGUGGCCCUCAGCCUCAGUCCAAUAUCCUUUUCUCUAUUUCCAAUGAGGAAAUAGCUGCGGUUAAUGGCAUGGGCCAUGUCAGGGGUGUUACCAUUGGGAAUGUCACCGUGACAGGACUGGUCCAAGCUAUUGAUGCCGAGACCGGGAAGCUAGUUGUUGUGUCUCAGGAUCAAGUGGAAGUAGAGGUUGUGCAGUUGACAGCCAUUCGAAUCAGAGCACCUAUCACAAGAAUGAAGACAAAAACACAGAUGCCUGUAUAUGUGAUGGGUCUGACCAACAGUCAAACACCCUUCUCCUUUGGUAACGCUGUACCUGGCCUCACCUUCACGUGGUCCACCACCAAGAGAGACAUCCUGGAUGUCCAGUCGAGACACACCGAGGCUAACGUGGAGCUUCAGUCAGAGCACAACUUCGGCAUGAGGGUGACUGGGAAGACAAGAGGGCGGACAGGGCUGAAGGUGGUGCUCAGAGUUACAGACCCCAAGGCUGGGCAGCUGGUGGGGAAUCUGCAGGAGCUCAGGGAUGAGAUCCAGAUCCAGGUCUAUGACAAGCUACACAUGCUUAAUCCCGAAGUGGAGGCCGGGGAGUUACUGAUGGCUCCCAACUCAGCCCUCAAACUCCAAACUAGCAGGGAUGGUGUAGGUGCACUGUCUUACCGGAUGCUGGAUUGCCCUGACCAGGUUGUUAUCGCUCAAGUGGAUGAUAAGGGCUCUCUCUCCUCUGGCUCUCUUACUGGCAUCUCCUCUCUGCUGAUCACCUCCCAAGAGACCUUUGGUGUCAAUCAAACUCUCAUCCUCGCUUUGAAGGUUGUCCCUGUGUCCUAUGUACGCUUCAGCACCACUCCAGUGCUCUACACACACACCAAAGAGGGCCUGAAAGCCUUCCCCCUGGGCAUAGUGCUCACCUUCACUGUGCACUUUCACGCCAGCACCGGAGAGGCCCUCCACAGCUCCAACUCCCAGCUUACGUUUUCCACAAACAGAGACGACCUGGUGCAGGUAGGGAUUGGGCCCGGUAACCACACUCUGACAGUGCGGACGAUCAACGUAGGCCUCACUCUUCUUGCAGUGUGGGACAGUGAAAACAUGGGCGUGGCGGACUACGUUCCACUACCUGUCGAGCACGCCAUCCACCCCGAUGAGGCCCACAGACUGGUGGUGGGGGAUGUGGUCUGCUUCGCUGCCCAGCUCACCAGCCCAGAUGGUGUUCAUGGCACUUGGAGCUCUUCAGCUAAUGGCGUUCUUCAGGUGGACCCUAAAAGUGGUGCAGCAGUGGCCAGAGACUCCGGGACGGUGACUGUGUACUACGAGAUACCCGGUGUUUUGAAAACAUACAGAGAGGUUGUAGUUGAAGCAGCUACAAGGACAGCUGCUAUGGCGCAGGCUACACCUGUCAGGAUCGGCAAGGAGUCAAAGGUCAUACUCACCACCAGAGAGAGAGGAACCAACCUGAUUGGAACCUGCUCCUCUGCCCAGACCAAAGCGAUUUCUCAGCUGCAGCCAGAAAGCUCUGUCAGCUGCCAUCUCAGCUUCACCAGUGAUGCUAUUGACUUCCCCGCUAAUGAUGUCUUCAAAACGCACACCAGCUUUGACUCCAGCACGGGCUCCUACACAUGUUCCAUAACCUUGCAGCCAGCAACUGACCAGCAGACUCGUGUGCUCACCAUGUCCAUGACCAACCUGCUGGUGAGGGCAGGCCUGGAGGGCAGUGCCUUCUCUGGGGAGCAAGUCAGCGCCAGGCUGCCAAUAGAGCCCGGCCUCUACUCUGACCAGACUGAGCUGCUGCUCUCAAACCUGCAUCCAUCAGCUGAACUCACCGUCUACGGUCCCACGGCUGCCCUGUCCAACAUGGAGGUAGUGUCCACUUCCCCCAACAUCGCUGUCCGAGAGACUGAAGUACACCACGGCUUCCCCAGUUUCUCAAAGUACACCGUCAUCGCUGUGGACCCUCAGGCAGCAGGCUCCGCUUCCAUUUCCAUAAGCAGCACCUCCAGCAGCCGGGGUAUCGUCAUCCCCGUCACUUUGAUUCACAUGGCUGAUUCCAACGCUGCCAAGCAAGCAGCUGCUCUUCCAGUUGUUAACAUCGAGGGGGGCCACUCCCUGCACAGCUUCAUCAACUGCUACCAGAUGAUGUUCUUCACUCUGUUCGCUCUGCUGGCUGGUACCGCCAUCGUCAUCAUCGUCCUCCACACUGUGUUCAGCCCAAGGGAACAAGCUUAUCACCAUGCUUUCAUCCAGAGGACACCGCCACCCAUCUCAGGUUUAGACUCUCCGGUUGUGAACUCUUUCAACCGCACAACACCGAGGACGGACCCAAACAGCAGCCCCAGGUCGCGUCUCUAUUCUCCAGACUACAAGUCCUGAUACAGCUCUCUGUCUGGUCUCUAUUCUUCAAAAGCAGAACACCACAGGCCAUUAAUGCAUAUUGAAUGUGCCUCUGUCCCUCAAUACAAAUGAUGUGGGAUGUGACUGCAGAAUCCCGUUUUUUUUCACUUGUAUUUACUUGUUGGUACAGAUGCUUAAAAGAAACCUAAUUUUUCCGAAUAGCAGAUCAGUUAGGAGCUGCAAAAUAACAACAGGGCUAUUUUUCUUUGUGUGUACAUUUUGUGUGGAAAGAGAUUUAUAUAUGUGUGUCUUUUUUGUGUGUGUGUGUGGUUUUCCAUAGAAAUGGCUUUUAUGCAAAACCACUCCGUUAUUAACUGACAUCCUUUGAAAAGUGCUUAAAAAACCAAACCGCUUUUUGUUUGUAUGCUCAUUACGUAUGUGCUCCUUACAUUUAACAUGUGAAAUUUAGUAACUCAGGAUAACCCUCAUUCUUGUAUGCCAGAAAGCAAACAAUAACUUGAAAAUGUUUAUAAAACGUCCUUUGUUGCAGCUAAAACAUUUUGUGAAAGUGCUGUCCACUGAAAUCCAUGAUGAACCCUUCAAAUGUGCAUAAUCCUGACUCGGGAAAGGUUCGCUUAUUUCUGUAUUUCUGUUCUGGGCAUUUAAGUUCCUCAUUAUUCAACAUCACUGAGUUGUUUUUUUUUUUUUUGAGCCACUAUGCACGCAGCUCCUGUGUAAUUCAUUAAUGUGAAACAGUCGAGGAAUGUGAACCAUCAUUCAGUUUUUAUCCCGGUGUUGCCUCAGCGCAGAGGCAAUCAAAUGUGACCUGGUGUCAGUUCUGAAUAUGUAAUGUUUCUGUUCCACUUUGUUUUUACCCCCGACCACAUUUCCGGGAGGAGAUUAAUGUAGCACUGUUGACUCGCAGACACAAGAGUGUGACUUUGUUUUAAAUGAGGUAUUUUUGUAUUUGAAGAUAUGAAAGCAAAGAAUGGUAUUUAUGUUAGCUAGUGAAAUUGAGUUUUACUGUAACAGGAGUGUGUGACAAUCAAAUGGCUUUAGCGCUGUUUUUGUGUUAGUCAGGCCUUACAAUCGUAUCUGAACAGCUUUCAGACACACGUUUGUUUGCUCGCGUGAAUAUGCUUUUGCCUUUUUUCUAAAUAAAGUUUGUACUUUUCA